CCCAAACAAAGAUGUAAAUAAUGCAAUUUCAGUGAACUAUAAAAUAUUACGAUGACAUAAACUUUUUAUCAAGUAUAAUUUAUAAUGUUCCUUAUCUUGGUUUAGGGAAAGCAGAAACAAGUUAAUGGAUCGUUGCAUUACUGUAAAAGUUAUAAAAACAAAGGCAGGAUACCACAUGUAUAGACCCAAAGGUACUCAAGGUCGAUUGCCCCCUCUUCUGUCUGUCAGUCCAGUGGGAGGUAGGCAUUCCUCCAAGUACCAAUCAAGAAGUCCCAGUGCUUCUGCCAGCAAAUACCACAGCAAAUGUUGCCUGCCCACCAGGCCUCCGUCACCUGGACCUGGAGAAUAUUUGGAAGGUCUGUCGUGUAAAAUUUCAGUGAGGAGUUCGAGAAGCUCUCGGACGGCUAAACGGCAUACAAGACCACAAUCACAAGACUGGUCGCAGAUAGUAACUGAUUACCUGAAAAAGCAUGAAGAAUUCUUAGAAGAAUAUAUUCUGGAAAAUAUUCCACUGGAUCUUUUGGAAAGGUUGGUUAUCAGAAAAAUUCGCCGCCAAGGGCAAUAUGCAGAAGAAAUGGCCGAAACUAAUGAAGUGGUGCCAAAUCUAUCUAGAUGGAAGUUUUGUGUCCAUGCUGACAAAAGAGAAAUGCUCCAGGAGCUGACAUCCACUCUCUUCUCUUAUCCCAACAAGAUCCGAGUUCUGACAGAGUUGGCAAACACUGUGGCAUCCGCUGUCAAUGCUAGUGACUGGCGACUUUACAUUUAUGACGCGGAUACAAAGAAAUUAUGUUCUUUUGGAAGCGAUAACGAAUGCUUAAAUGAUUUUCAAAUAGAAGAUACACUGGCAGAUUACGUAAUGAAAACUAAAGAAACUGUUCGCUGUAAAUCUACAGAUAGAGAUAAUCGAUUCCCAGAAGGAGUGUCGAUUAACCUUGAUAAACCAGUGUAUGUUUUGUGUCAUCCUGUUUUGCAACCUGAUGAGGAAUUAUCAGGGGUUCUGGAACUGUAUAAAGACGCUUCAGACGUAGAAUUUCAUGAAGAAGACGAAGAGAUAGUAAACAGCUACUUGGUUUGGGGAGGAAUAGCACUCCAUUAUGCAGAAUUAUAUGUUAAUAUGAUGAAACAAAGGGAACUGAAUAUGUUUCUACUCACUGUGGUUAAAUCCAUUUUUCAAGACAUGAUCAGUAUGGAUACAGUAAUAUUAAAAAUCAUGAUGUUCGCCAGAAAAUUAGUGAGCGCAGACCGAGCCUCUUUAUUCUUGGUAGACGGGCGUUCAAGCGAGUUGUACGCCAGAAUUUUCGAUGUCAGCAGUUCAGAAAAUGAAGAUGAGAAUUUAAACGAUAAGAAAGAAGUUGAUUUAAAGCCUCAGGAAAUAAGAUUUCCAAUGGGCAAAGGAAUAGCUGGUUAUGUUGCAAUGACCGGAGAAUCACUGAAUAUACCAGAUGCUUACAACGAUUCCAGAUUUAACAGGUCCGUUGAUCAAAGAACAGGAUAUAAUACGAGGAAUCUUUUAUGCAUGCCGAUUUUCAUUCGAGGGAGCGUUAUUGGAGUUGUGCAAAUGGUCAAUAAAACUUCUGGAGCUUUUACAAAAAGUGACGAAGAAGAUUUUGCAACAUUUGCCAUUUACUGUGGACUAGCGCUUCAUCAUGCUAAAUUGUAUGACAAAAUUCGAAGAUCGGAGCAAAAGCAUAAAUUGGCCUUGGAGAUUUUGUCCUAUCAUAAUACGUGUUCAGAAGAGGAAUUAGACGCAAUUAAAGCUGUCAAAAUACCCAUAGAUGUGGUACAGUUGCAAGAGUACAGCUUCUCUGCUGAUCAGCUGAAUUCUGAUGAAAAGGUUGUCGCUUCAAUAUUUAUGUUAACGGAUUUACCACAAAUCCAAAAAGUUAUGAAAAUCGAUCACGAUUCUUUGGUUCGUUUCACUCUGACUGUACGCAAGAAUUAUCGUCGAGUUCCUUACCAUAACUGGUCCCACGGUUUCUGUGUUGCCAAUUCUGCAUAUGUUGUGAUCAGAAAAAGUGGAGUUUUCAAACCACUGGAGGAACUUGCUUUGUAUGUUGCCUGUCUUUGCCACGAUGUGGAUCAUCGAGGUAAAACUAACCAGUUUCUAAAGAAUGCUGCAUCUCCGCUUGCCGCCAUCUAUUCCACAUCUGUUUUGGAACACCACCAUUUUAACAUGACAGUUUCAAUACUGCAGCAAGAUGGACAUAAUAUAUUCAGCAAUUUGUCUUCAGCAGAUUAUAAAAAGAUGUUGAACAACAUCAAACAUUGCAUUCUAGCCACGGACUUGGCAUUAUUCUUUCCGAAUAGAGCCAAUUUGGCUGCAAUUGUAGAGGAAAAGAAGUUUGAUUUUGACAAUUCGGAACACAGAUUAUUGCUUCAAGCUAUUACAAUGACUGCAUGCGAUCUUUGCGGUAGCACCAAAAGCUGGGAACAGCAAAAAGAAAUCGUGAAGGUGAUAUUUGAAGAAUUUUACGAUCAGGGUGAUAUUGAAAAAUCACAAGGAAGACAACCAAUACCAAUUAUGGACAGAAAUAGAAUGGAUGAGCAACCAACUUCACAAGUUAGCUUUUUGAAAGGAAUUUGUAUUCCUUGCUAUGAAUUACUCUAUGCAUUGAUACCUGAAACCAAGCCUAUGCUGGAAGGAUGCAAAGAAAAUUUGAGGAUUUGGGAAAGUUUGGCUGCAGAACAAGAGAAAAACAAAACUGAUGAUAGUUGCACAGAUGAAUUGAAUGAUGAGAAAGAAAAAACAAGUUGUUCAAAAAUAAUGUGAACUAUUUAUUGCAUGCUGCUAACCAAUGAUUCAUAGUCUCAUAAUACCAAUUUUCAAAUCAAAACUCUUAAUAUUUAAUCUC